AUGGGUCUUGGUAAUACUAUAGUGGAAAAAAAUGAAUCCUCAAAUCAAGACCGUGCCAAAGCUAUGAUUUUUCUUCGUCAUCAUUUAGAUGAAGGAUUAAAAUCAGAAUAUCUUACUGUUAAAGAUCCUCUUGUUCUUUGGCGAGAUUUGAAAGAAAGAUUCGACCACCUGAAGUUGGUCGUUCUUCCAAAAGCCCGAUAUGAUUGGUUUCACUUACGGCUGCAAGAUUUUAAAUCUGUCAAAGAAUAUAAUUCAGCUAUGUUCAGAAUCACUUCUCAAUUAUCAUUAUGUGAUGAAAAAGUCACUGAUGAAGAUAUGUUAGAGAAAACAUUUUCUACUUUUCAUGUCUCUAACAUGCUCCUGCAGCAGCAAUAUCGAGAGAAGGAGUUUACAAAAUAUUCUGAACUUAUUGCAUGUCUUCUCUUGGCUGAACAAAACAAUGAAUUGUUGCUGAAAAAUCAUGAGUCCCGACCAACUGGUGCAAGUCCAUUCCCUGAAGCGAAUGCGACCCAAUUUCAAAAUUCUGGUCGAGGUCGUGGCUCCGAACAUCUUGUUGACCUCUAUCAAGCAUCAUUGAAAAAGAAAGACAAAGGUGUUGAGACAAAUUUCAUUGAUCAAAAGAAUGACUAUGAUGAUGGUGACGAUGCUGACAUGACAAACCUCGAUGUUGCUGAUUUUUUUGAACAUCCUGAAGAUAUCAACAAAUAUCCCAUGAUUAUUUAG